AUGGAGUCCAACAACUACCAAUCCCCACCGCGAACCACCCCCGUCACCACCACCACCCUGGCCAAAAAGCUGAAAGACAAUUUAGUUUUCCGAUCAAAAUGGGCGGAACUGAAUGGUGCAAUGGGCGACUUAGGGACCUACAUACCCAUCGUUUUAGCAUUAACACUUGCCGCUGACCUUAACUUGGGCACUACAUUGAUUUUCACCGGCGUUUACAAUAUCGUAACAGGUGCAAUCUACGGCGUCCCUAUGCCUGUCCAACCCAUGAAAUCAAUUGCUGCGGUGGCUAUCUCCGACCCCGAUUUUGGGAUCCCGGAGACCAUGGCCGCCGGAAUCUGCACAGGUGCAGUUUUAAUUUUUCUGGGUGCGACCGGUCUCAUGCAGCUAGCUUACCGGCUGAUUCCGUUGCCGGUGGUCAGGGGAAUUCAGCUAGCACAAGGUCUAUCAUUUGCCAUGACUGCAGUCAAGUACAUACGGAAAGUUCAAGACUUUUCAACGUCAAAAUCCAAAGGGAAUCGGAAUUGGUUAGGACUCGAUGGGUUAGUUCUCGCAAUCGUUUGCUUUUGCUUUAUCACAAUUGUUAAUGGUGGAGGGCAAGAACCUGAAAACGAAAACGAAAACGAAAACGAUGAAGAGAGUCAAGAUAAUAAACGAAGAAACUGGAGAAGGAACAUGGUAAGUUAUUUACCCUCAGCGUUUAUUGUGUUCCUGUUAGGGGUAAUUUUGGCAAUUAUAAGAGAGCCUAAAGUGCUGAAAGGGUUCAAACUGGGGCCAUCUUCUAUACAAGUUGUUAAAAUUUCAAAAGGUGCUUGGAAACGAGGGUUUGUGAAGGGCACAAUUCCACAAUUGCCCUUGUCCAUUCUUAACUCGGUUAUUGCGGUUUGCAAGCUAUCGGCCGAUCUUUUUCCCGAAAAAACCGUGACACCAACCUCGGUUUCCGUAACGGUCGGGUUGAUGAACUUGACCGGAUGCUGGUUCGGUGCAAUGCCGACUUGUCAUGGGGCGGGUGGGUUAGCCGGGCAGUAUAAGUUCGGAGGGAGGAGUGGUGGGUGUGUAGCGUUACUUGGUGCAGCUAAAUUGUUGCUAGGGUUGAUACUUGGGAGCUCUAUUGUAAGGAUUUUGAUCUCGUUUCCUGUUGGGGUUUUAGGUGUGUUGUUGUUGUUUGCUGGUGUUGAGCUAGCGAUGUGUGCUAGGGAUAUGAAUUCCAAGGAGGAUUCGUUUGUUGUUCUUAUUUGCACUGCGGUUUCGCUGGUUGGAUCAAGUGCAGCUUUAGGGUUUGUGGUGGGUAUGGUUGUGCAUCUAAUUCUAAGGCUUCGGAAAUUGGGUGGGCCGGAUGAAAUUCGAACUUUUUCCUCCUUUUGGAUGCAUAGCCCGUAA